UUUGAAUAUCAUUCUGUACAGCACGUUGGUUCGGUUCAUUGGGUUUUCUAGAAUCACACAAGCGUUCUAAGGAAAUCGUAGCAAUUUUGUGUACGCGGAUUGCGUAGGAGUUGCGAGUGUAUCCUUUGGGGAUAAGGAAAGAUCUAAUCCUGAAGCUGAUAUUUGCAAAAGGGGAAUAAUAGAAAAAAAAAAUCAAAGUAAACAUGCGAUCUCACCACAAGCUCACGGCAUUCGCAGUCCUAUGCUGCGCCCUAGGACCAGCAUUUGCGGGAACGCUGUCGAAACGUGAAGCCCCACUGCCCGGUGGCAGCUACCUUCCACCCUCCAACAAUGGAGGAGGAUCAGGAGGGUAUCCACCGGCUGGACCACCGAGCGGUAGCUAUGGUCCACCAAGUGCUGGAGGAAACGGCAACGGACAAGGAGGCAGCGGCUACCCAUCCGGUGGCAGCGCUCCAUCCCAGCAAUACGGCGCACCUUCCCAGGGUGGUAGCUUCAGUGCUUCCCAACCUUCGCAGCAGUACGGUGCCCCAUCCAACGGUAACGGAUUCGGUGCUGGUCGUCCACAGUCGCCAUCCCAACAGUACGGUGCCCCAUCUCAGCAAUACGGAGCCCCUAGUAACGGAAACGGUGCCUCUCGCCCAUCCCAGCAAUAUGGUGCGCCAUCGCAACAACAAUUCGGAGCUCCCUCUCAGCAAUACGGUGCACCUUCUCAGCAGUAUGGUGCCCCAAGCAAUGGUGGAUCCCGACCACAAUCUCCAUCCCAACAGUAUGGUGCUCCCUCUCAGCCAUCUCAACAGUACGGUGCUCCAAAUGGUGGAUCGCGUCCUCAGGUUCCUUCCCAGCAAUACGGUGCCCCUAGCACCAAUGGAAACGGCAACGGUUACAGCUCUGCCGGACCUUCUAGCCAAUACGGUGCCCCAAGCAACGGAAACGGACACAGCAGCUUCGGAGGUGCCGCUCCAUCCGCUCAAUAUGGUGCUCCAAAUGGUGGUUCUCGCCCUCAGACUCCUUCUCAGCAGUACGGUGCCCCAUCUCAGCAGUACGGAGCGCCUUCUCAGCCAUCUCAACAGUACGGUGCUCCAAAUGGUGGAUCGCGUCCUCAAACACCUUCGCAACAGUACGGUGCUCCUUCCCAGCAAUACGGUGCCCCUAGCGGUGGAAACGGAAAUGGAUACUCCAACGGUGGCUCGCGCCCUCAAACUCCUUCCCAACAAUACGGCGCUCCAUCUGGUGGUGCUCCCUCGCAACAAUAUGGUGCUCCAUCCCAGAGCUACGGUGCCCCAUCAUCUGCUGGACAGGGUGGAUUCGGAGGAUCUUCUCCAGCUCGCCAGUACGGACCGCCAGCCACUAGCUAUGGAGUUCCAGCUGGACCUUCCUCAAAUGGCAACGUAGGACGACCAUCCCAGCAGUACGGUGCUCCAGCUCCAGGUGGAAAUGGAAACGGAAACAGUGGAUUCGGAGGAAAACCAAGCCAACAGUACGGUGCUCCAUCGACGAGCGUUGGACGCCCAUCCAGCCAAUACGGUGCCCCAUCAGCAGGAAACGGUAACGGAAACGGAUACAGCAGUGGACGUCCUUCCAAUGGCUUUGGACAAACUAGUCGCCCAAGUCAGCAAUAUGGUGCUCCAUCAUCGGGCAACGGCCGACCAUCCAGCCAAUACGGUGCUCCUUCAGCUGGAAACGCCAACGGAUACAGCAGCGGACAACCAUCUCAGCAGUAUGGAGCCCCAUCCGCACCUUCUCAGCAAUACGGAGCCCCAUCAGCUCCUUCUCAACAAUACGGAGCCCCAUCUGCACCUUCUCAACAAUACGGAGCCCCAUCUGCACCUUCUCAGCAAUACGGAGCCCCAAGCAGCGGUGGAAACGGCCACAACGGCGCUCCAUCCCAACAGUACGGAGCUCCUAGCAAUGGCAACGGACGCAGCAUCAGUGGGUUCCAGGCCAGCUCAUCGGGUAACGGAUUCUCCCAGGCUUCAUUCUCGGCUAGCAGUUUCUCCUCGAACGGAAAUGGACACUCAGCCAGCAGCGGUGGAUACAGCUCUGGACAGCCAAGUUCCUCGAUCCCGGCCACCAUCCCUCAGUCAUAUACUCAAAAUGGAGGAUACAACUACUAAGCACUGACACAACGAUAAACAUAACGUACACGGAUCGAAGCGAUCGCCACAUGUUCUCACUGCUGCGUGAGAACCGACCUGAUCAACCAAGUGCCUUAAUUUAAACAGAUAAACAUAGAUUGUUUCUUCGUCGAUAUAAUGCAUUCCCUUCCUUCUUUUGGCUUUACUUAAAACAUAAAACAACGAAAAAACAAAACUGUAAACUCCUUCAAAUCGCAACCUUAAGUUGUACGGUAAAUUAACUUAAAUUAUUUUUAUAUACUAUAGCUUAAUUUAAUGUCUUUGUACGUUAGGUAUGAAUCAAUGUCUAAGAAAUCUGUUAAGAAAUGCUUUUAUCCAUCUGUUGAAAAAAGAAC